CUCCACCACAUCCAGUGAACAACAUCUAGCACAACUACUAGAGCCACCGGCAACACUCACCAUGGGGUCCUCCAUCAACGACGAGAAGCACGAUCCCGACUUCGCUCCCAAGGUGGCUGCCACCAAGACGGCGAUCGGAGAUGAAGCCUUCCAGCAGGCCAUGAUCAAGGAGCCACCGCCCAAGCUGGCGGCUCCCAUCCUGAUCAUUUCCAGUCUUGUUGCCUUCUGCUGCUCGACGGCCAAUGGUUACGAUGGCUCUCUCUUUGGAACGCUUCUAUCCAACAAAAACUUCAAAAGCUUUUUCGGAGUGGAAAAUGCCGGCAUCGAAGCUGGUAUUGUCACCUCUAUGUACCAGAUCGGAUCCGUCGUCGCCAUUCCCUUUGUCGGUCCCUUCAUCGACACAUGGGGUCGACGAGUUGGCAUGACAAUUGGCGCCUGGGUUAUCAUCAUCGGCAUCAUCAUCCAGCUCACCACCUACCUCAACGCCAGUGUCGACCAGUUCAUGGCCGGACGCUUCUUCCUCGGCUUCGGUGUCAGUAUCGCUGCCGCUGCCGGACCCGUCUACGUCGUCGAAGUCUCCCACCCUGCCCACCGUGGUGUCAUCACCGGUCUUUACAACGUCAUGUGGCCCGUCGGCGCCCUGGUUGCUAGCUGUGCUGCCCGAGGUGGGCUCGACGUCGGAGGCAACACGUCGUGGAUGAUUCCAGUCGGUCUUCAGUUGUUGUUCCCUUGCGUCAUUGGCUUUGGUGCCAUGUGGCUCCCCGAGUCUCCACGUUGGUUGUACACUCACGGCAAGAUUCAGUUGGCUACCGAGAACUUGGUGCGGUUCCACGGCCACGGCAACCCCGAGAGCGAAUGGGUCAAGCUCCAGCUCAACGAGUAUGAGCAGCAUCUUGAGUUGGACGGCACAGACAAGAGGUGGUGGGAUUACCGCGCCCUGUUCUCUUCCCGUGCUUCUAUCUACCGCCUCACGUGUAACUGUCUUGUAUCUCUCUUCGGACAGUGGGCGGGCAACAGCAUUGUCUCGUACUAUCUCAGCGCCUUCCUCGAUACGGCUGGAAUCACCGACUCCAUUAAGCAGACAAACAUCGCCGUCGGUAUGAAUGCCAUCCAGAUAGUCUUCGCUGCACUUGGUGCCAGCAUCACCGACACUGUGGGCCGUCGUCCCAUGCUAGUCAUCGUCAAUAUCGUCUGCGGCCUCUGCUGGAUCGGUGUCACUGUUCCUGCUUCGAUCGGAAACAUCACGGAUGUUGAUGAUAAGUCACAGCUCGAUGCCGUCUCCCCUUCAGUUAGCAAGGCUGUUCUGGCUUGGGUCUACAUUUUCCAGAUCUGCUAUUCCGUUGGAUGGACGCCCCUCCAGGCUCUCUACCCGGUUGAAGUCCUCAGCUAUGAGAUUCGAGCCAAGGGGAUGGCUUUCAGCUCCCUUUUCACUUCAGCAGCUAUGCUUGUUAUGCAGUUUGGUAUUCCUGUGGCGCUGAAGAACAUUGCCUGGAAGACCUACAUCGUCUUCUGUGUCUGGUGCUUCAUCCAGUCGGGUAUUCUGUACUUCCUCGUCCCCGAGACGAAGAACCGAACUCUCGAGGAACUUGACCACAUCUUUUCUUCGGCAAGCCCCGUCAAGGCAUCCAAGCAGAGGAAGGUCUACGAAGUUGACAGCAAUGACAACAUCAUUCACGUUGAUGCUUCAGCCUCUCCCAGCCGUGUCUAGGGGUAUCCGCACUCGUAUCAUUCUGAUGUCAAAGUCUAAGAGUUGCACUGGCUCCAAGACAAUGAACCUCGCUUCCUAUUUCUGACAUGCUUUGGCUUGAAAAUUGAAGAUAGUAACACUCACUGGCAAUUGACUAGUUAUAACUCAGAGAUUGCUUAGUUUUAAUGUACACUAUAUAAUCUAUUGACCUCGAUGAGAAAAUCCAUUGGUUGCAUCCA